UCAUGGCUGUGGCUACUAGCCUACUCCCCCCGUCUCCUCCAAAUCAAACGCCCCGCCCCGUCGCACUUGCACGCAUAGGCAUACGCACCUCCUCGCCUCGCCUCCCCACCGCGGCGCCGCCGCCGCCUCUCCUUUCCGAGUCCCGCCUCCUCUGGCGGUGCGUGUUUCCCCAUCCGCCGAUCCUCGCGACGCCGCCUCGACCUCGACCCCGACCCGGCGCGGCCGCCGGUUCCAGGCAUUCACAAAAAAAAAAUGGGGCAUGAUGAAGCUGUAGUUACUCAGAAUUCAGUAAAAGCACCGUCACCACCCAAGGAUCAGCCAGCUAUUUAUCCAUGCCUUGAUUGGUCUACUAUGCAGGCAUAUUAUGGCCAAGGGGUCUUACCACCAGCAUUCUUUAACCCUGGAAUUGCACCUGGUCAUGUCCCUCCACCAUAUGUGUGGUGUCCACAGAAUAUGCCACCAGCUGCCUUUGGAAAACCAUAUGCUGCAAUAUAUCCACAUGCUGGUGGCUUCCUGCAUCCCUUCAUGCCCCUAAUGGUAAACCCAUUGAGUGCAGAGCCAGCUAAGUCUGCGAACAGCAAGGAUAAUAGUUUAAAUAAGAAACUGAAGGAAAUUGAUGGAACUGCUGUUUCAAGUGGUAACAGUGAAAAAACAAGUGGGGAUUACAGCCUAGAAGGAUCCAGCGAUGGAAACAACCCAAAGGUGAGCGGAACGCCAAAGAAAAGGAGCUUUGAUGAUAGGACUACAUCAGAAACAUGUGGAGUUUCAGCAACUAAUGAUAAACCAGGAGAAUCAGGAAGAUUAGCAACUUUGCCCAAUGUGCACAUUCCAGAUGCAACGAUGAAACCAAGUGUGAGCACCGGUAGUGACUUCAAAGUUAGUGGUGCGACAUCAACCGAAUGGCCAGCUAAGGACGACAAGGAAUCAAAGCGUGAAAGGAGGAAGCAGUCAAAUAGGGAAUCUGCCCGACGCUCAAGGCUGAGGAAGCAGGCUGAGACUGAAGAACUGGCUAGAAAAGUAGAGUUACUGACCGCAGAGAACACAUCACUCCGAAACGAAAUCAGCAAGCUAACGGAUAGCUCCCAGAAACUAAGGAUGGAGAAUGCGGCUCUGAUGGAGAAACUAGCGGGAGGUACAUCAGACCAAGCACAAGAAGCGUCCGCAGGCCACCAGACGACGGCCACCGCGCCACCACCGUCGGCUCGCGUCGUCAAGAACUUCCUCUCGAUGAUGGACGUCGAAGGCCCAUCGAGAGGUGGCGGCAGCCGGCGCACGGAGCACGGUGCGCCCAGGCUCCGCCAGCUCCUGAGCUCAGGAGGCCCUCUGGCGGCUGACGCCGUGGCCGCGAGCUGAUCCGCGUCCGUCCUUCCCUUUGUGCUGAGCGCGUGCACGCGUGUGGCCUGGCGAUUUUUUUUGAAGAGCGCCCAAGCUGCCCCGCGAGACUAAACGCACGCACGACCUGUAAAUUACAGUAGCUAUAUGUGUUCCAUGUUCCAGACGGGGCAUCGUUCCGGCCACUCUGCUGUGAGAACCGAGAUAUGGAUGCCGUCUGGCUGUGUUGGUGUUUUGUUCACUGAGCUUUUGACUCCGUGUUGUCUCAGUUGCUGCGCCGAUGCAAACUGAAUCAACUGACACGAUGUAGCAUUACUAAUAAUAACCAACGCGAUGUUUACUCCUCAGAA